AUGUUGCUGACGUCGCCUGCCAUUGGCCCGCUGGAUGCUGACGUGGCACACAUGGAAGUCCCCAUUUGCUCCAAGUAUUUUAGCGAUUGCGCUCCUCCUAGAAAUGCCGCUCAUGCCCCUGCUACAGAAGUUGCGCCUGCUGCUACAGCUUCGGAACCUGCUGGCAGCACCUCUCCUGGGGUUCCCCAACCCGCCUCAGUUGCUUCGGGAUCGGUCCGCCUCUCCCCUCUUGGAGCCCUCGCUCUCUCGCCUCAACAGGUGAUUCAGGUGGUUCAGGUGAUUCAGGUGGUUCAGGCGAUUCAGGUGGUUCAGGUGAUUCAGGUGGUUCAGGCGAUUCAGGUGGUUCAGCAGGUUCAGCUCAUGCAUGCAGGUGUCAGAGUGCGUCAGGUGCUCACGCAGGCGUUGGAACACGUCAGCUCCACACCCAUAUGCAUGCACACCUCAUUCUCCCCAUUCUCCCCAUUCUCUGCCUUCUCCGCCUUCUCCCCAGACUCAACCGUCUCCCCCUUCUUCCCCCCCUCCCCGUUCCCCCGUGUCUCCCGCGUUUUCUCGAAUGAUCUUCAGCUGGCCAGCGCCAUGUGCUACCACAUGCGUCUCACCGCUGUGCGCCCCUUUGGAGCCUUCUGGACCGCAUCCCACUACUGCCUCGUGCUGCCCUGCUUGGGGCGUGGAGGAGGGGAAGGAGGGGAAGGAAAGGAAGGAGGGGAAGGAGAAGGAGAAAGAGGAGAAGGAGAAAGAGGGACAGCAGCAGACUGGCGAGGGGCAAAUGGGGGAGGGAAGGAAGGGAGAGGGGCCUUCUUAGGCAGGGAAGGCGCAGGGGUGGAUGGAGGGGAUCGUGGGGGAGGGGAUGAUGGCAUGAGCAGGGGAGGGGAUGAUGAUACGAUGAGCAAGGGAGGGGAUGGUGGCAUGAUGAGCAGGGCAGGGGAUGAUGAUAUGAUGAGCAUGUUGUUGGGGAGGAUUGACUGGGAGACGGAGCAUGAGCUGCACGGCAUGGCAGCAUAUGCCGUGCAUUCCCAUCUGCUGUACCAGCUGCUAGGGAGGGACACUGAGGGGCGAACGGCAAGGACGUAUCAACAGUACUUCCAGAAUCAGUACAACAUAUUGCUGCAGCACCCCGACCAGCCUCUGUUUGCUGUGUGCCCGUUGAAGCCAGAGCUGCGCAACGCAUUGCUGCCGCAGGCGCCGCCAAAAUUGGACCCUUGGGAUCUUUUCAACAGGGCUGUCCAAGGCGGGCGAGAUGAGCAGACGCCUGUACCUGCCAGUGCUACAGUGGGGACGGUUGUAGCAAACACGGCUGUAGCAGACACGGCUGUAGCAGACACGGCUGUAGCAGACACGGCUGUAGCAGACACGGCUGUAGCUGAUACAGUUGCAGCUGACACGGCUGAAACAGAAACCGGUCUAGCAGAGCAGGCUGUAGCAGUGAAGGCUUUACCACAGCAGGCUUCACCAGAGCAGGCUUUACCAGAGCAGGCUUUACCAGAGCAGGCUUUACCAGAGCAGGCUGUAGCAGUCAAUGUUGCAGCUGACGGGGCUGUGGCAGAUCAGGCUGUAGCAGACACAGCAACAGCAGAGAGGGAGCAGCAGAAGCAGGCAGAGCAGGAGCAGCAGCAGCAAAGCACAGGGCAGGAGGAGGCAGCUAAGGGGGAGCAGCAGCAGGGCAGGGAGAAGGGCAGGGGGCGACAAACAUCAUAUCUGCCUCGGGAGACAUCGUACGUCCCAUUGGAGCUACUGGUACCGGUGAUGCCACUGCAGCACGUGCUCUUUGCCUCGCUGCUCCCCUCGCUGUUCUACCGACUUGACUGCCUGCUCACUGCCCGGGACAUUCGGCGGUUCAUUUUGAGGCAGUAUGGCUCCUGCGUGCCCUCACCUGCCCCAGCCGGAACAACAGAGAGCGGUGCCGGAACAACAAUGCCAGCCAUCAAUGCCUCUCAACCACCCCUUCCCACCCACCAACAUCCCACCCUCUCCCAUUCCCCCUCUCAGCUCCUGCGCGCCCUGGGAUGCCCCGGCGUCGGCACCUACGAGAAUGACGAGAUCCUCGGUGACAGCUGUGUGCAGCUCGCCACAUCCUGCCACCUGUUCUCCACUCUGCUGCCACGUCAGCAGCAGAAUAACGGGCGUGGGCGUGGGCAUAAGCAGAAGCAGUCGCCCCUGCCACCAGUCUCCAACAGACGUCCCACGGGGUUGACAUACAAUGACUUGAAAUUCCAGUGCAUGGGCCUGGUAUCGAACCAGCACCUCGCAGCGCUGGCAGUUAAAGCCGGAGUGCCUGCCCUCGUUCGCUUCAAUCCCUUCAAACCAUCCAAGUGGGUUGGACCCCUCCUUCCUCCCUCCCACGCUCUGCUGCCUCUGGCAAACUCCCUCUCACACCCACUCCCCCAACCACACUCCCCCUCACACCGCACACGACCACGAGGCAGGGAUGGGAGGGCUCGCCGGUCGGCGCGCCGUGUGCAACGGCGACACGACCGCGAGGCAGACCCUUCCUCGCGCCUUGGGGCUCUCAAGCCUCCUCAGCGACUCCUCAGCGACUCCUCAGCGACUCCUCAGCGACUCCUCAGCGACUCCUCGCGCCGCGUGAUGCCUUUCCUCCAGUGGACACGUCCUCGUCGCCAUGGCGCUGCUGGAAGCCACGUGGACCACUCGUCUACAACGCUAGUCGACACUGACACUGUACCGAGUGUGAUUAUAUCAGUGCCGGUCCGCACCCCUUCCGGGCUGCACCCAUCGCGGCUUGCGUCGUUCCCUGUCAGGCCGUAUUGCGUUCCUCCUCCUCCUGCUCCUCGCCACCUUCCACCUGCCGACCACACCCAUGGUGCUGCGGGGAAACUCUUGAAGCUGGAGGGACUCGCGUUGGCGAGCAAGGAGUGCACGGUGUGUCUGAGUGACUAUAACGAGGGGGAGCUGGUCCGCGCGUUGCCCUGCGCGCAUCGGUUCCAUGUCAGCUGCAUCGACCACUGGCUUGCCGCCACAACCACCUGCCCCAUGUGCCGAACGGACCUCACAGCUGCAGCGUCGGAUCAUCGUGUGACAGUAAACGGCGUGACAAAAAAGAGCCAGAUGGAGAAAGCAAAAUGA